GGGUGAAUUCUGGGAAAUAGGAUUCCUCAAGUAUGUAGAGAGCUUUCAAUACAAUUGCUUUCCUUCCUUAUGUUUUAUAUAACUUUUUAAAGGAUCAACUUGGUGGUAUAAUUGUGUACUACCUUGUGAUGCCAUGGCAGUGCUCAAAGGUCAGGACCAGAGUUUGUUCCUUGGCAGGAGUUGGAAACUAUGGUGGGUUUCCAUGUUUUGGCUCUCUGCUGAGCAAGACAGUGCUCUGUUUAGAUCUAAAGAGAGCCAUGUGCUAUCCCUCUGUAGAGGAAGGGUGUUAUAAAUUGGCCCUGUAUUCCACUGUACAGUUAUCAGCCUGUUGUGAAUGGAUCCUUCUUGGACCCAAGCCAACUAGGUCUGGGCAGAAUUUAGUCACUGGUUCUAGCUCUGGAACACUCUUCCCAGGCUCAGAUCUCUUGUCUGACACCCUUCCUUGAGAUGUGGAAUGCCACCAUCCAGCUCCUGUAUAUCCCGAAACCAGUGUCAGACCUCCCAGGUCACAUGUUCCAUGAGUUCCACUUAGGUUGUGGGCCCUCCGGGCUUACUAGUUUAACCCCUUCAGAGACAAUGUAGUAGGAAAGAAAAAAACACAAGUUUAGCAAAGGAAUUGCUGAACCAUAGUGACUUUACUUUUAAAGCAUUCAAGAGUUAUAGAUCCUUAAAAAUAACACAGUCCAGAGACAUACCAUCCCCUAGUCUGAGCUGACUCCUAUUUGAGUCCAUGGUUUGUCAGCAUCUCAGGCUGGGCAGUCUCUCUUGAAGUUGACAUGUGGUGGUGAUUGGCCCCUAUGGAGAGUAUACUCUCCAUGGUCUUAAAUAGGGCCUCAGACUCUGUGCCAUGUGCUCACAAUAAGAAGCUCCAGAUCUAACAGUUGUGUUUCUUUUCUCCCUCCCAGGGUAUGUCUACACUACGGGAUUAUUCUGAUUUUACAUAAACCGGUUUUGUAAAACAGAUUGUAUAAAGUCGAGUGCACACGGCCACACUAAGCACCUUUUGUAGGCCCCUGUGUAGGGAAAAAAAACCACAUUGUUUCAUGGGGCUGGGCCAGUAGCUGAGAAAUGAAGUGAUGGCCCUAGAUUACAGUCUUGAUGGAUAUCAGUUAUAGUCCCUUCAAGGUGCCAUACAUCUUUCCUGGGCAGGGAAGCUCUCGGGGAUACAGUAACUGUCCUGGGGAAAGUUCAGACUUGUGCAGUUACAGUGCUUAUAUUUCUACAAAUAGGAUAACAGAGAGAUCAUAAUUUGAUACCAACUGACCCCCACCUUGUCACAAACAGUUGCUAGAACCCAAAGCUUUUUGGAGUGUAAUGGGGUACGGCAAGCUGAGAGAAUCCACCUAAGUAAAGAGAGACAAGGUGGGAAGGUGAAAUGCCAAUUAAUGAACUACUUAGCCUUUAUGGCUAUGAUGGUACAGUCCCACUCCCAGAAGAUGAAGAUGACGAAGAUGAGGAGGAAGAGGAGGAAGAGGAAGCAGAAGAUGAUGAAGAUGUUGAUAAUGAUGACAACAGUGGGUGUAGUGGAGAAAACAAAGAGGAGACCAUAAAGGAUUCAUCAGGUCAGGAGGAUGAGACACAAUCCUCCAAUGAUGACCCAGCACCAUCUGUUGCUUCUCAAGAUCCACAGGAGAUAAUUCACCCACGUCGAUGUAAAUAUUUUGAUGCAAACAGUGAAAUAGAAGAAGAAUCUGAGGAAGAUGAAGAUUAUAUUCCUUCAGAAGACUGGAAAAAGGAAAUCAUGGUGGGUUCUAUGUUUCAAGCUGAAAUUCCAGCUGGCAUAUGCAAAUACAAGGAGAAUGAGAGAGUGUAUGAAAAUGAUGACCAGCUGCUGUGGAAUCCUGAUUAUUUAACAGAAGAUAAAGUGAUUGAAUUCCUCAAUGAAGCCUCCAGGAGAACAGGAGAUGAGAAAGGACUAGAGGCAAUUCCUGAAGGAUCACAUAUUAAAGACAAUGAACAGGCAUUGUAUGAAUUGGUUAAGUGCAAUUUUGAUACAGAAGAAUCAUUGAGAAGAUUAAGAUUUAAUGUAAAAGCAGCCAGAGAAGAGUUAGCUGUUUGGACAGAGGAAGAAUGUAGGAAUUUUGAACAAGGACUGAAGGCCUAUGGAAAGGAUUUUCAUUUGAUUCAGGCAAACAAGGUACGAACAAGAUCAGUUGGUGAGUGUGUAGCAUUUUAUUACAUGUGGAAAAAAUCAGAGCGGUAUGACUUCUUUGCACAGCAGACCCGAUUUGGGAAAAAGAAGUACAAUCUCCAUCCUGGUGUAACGGAUUACAUGGACCGUCUUUUAGAUGAAAGUGAAAGUGCUGCUUCUAGUCGAGCUCCGUCCCCUCCCCCUACAACCUCUAACAGCAGCACCAGCCAGUCUGAGAGGGAGGACAGCACAACUAGCAACAGUAAUCAAAAUGGUGUAUCCACUAAUGGGCCCGGUGAGAUAUCCAGUAAAGAUGAAGUAAAAAUUGAAGGAUUGCAUGUGAAUGGACCUACAGGUGGUAAGAAAACACCUCACACAGAUCUGGACACAAAUGGAUAUGAAACUGAAAACCUUUCCAUUGACCCUAAACUUGCUCAUUCAGCUGCAAGAAAUGAAAAUGAUUUUGAAGAAAAAAAUGAAAGACCUGCAAAGAGGAGAAGAAUCAACAGCAAUGGAAAAGAAAGUCCAGGUUCCUCAGAGUAUUUUCAAGAAGCAAUAUCACAUGGGAAGUUUGAAGAACUAGAGACUUUGGAUGAUUGAAUAUGGGAACUGAUUUUAUUCCUUGGAGUAAAUUCUGGGGUGCCUAAAAUUUUCAGGGUUGAUGGGUUACCUUACAAAAUCAAACUCCUUGAAACAAUCUGAGAUUUUUCUACACCUUUUAGUUGGCUCUGAAGUUCUGCUGUUUUUUCACACCUGAAAUGCAGAACUGGAAUAUUUUGUUUCACAGACCUAUGGACUAUUACUGUUCUGGCAACACUUAAGUAUUUUAAGGUGUUUGAGAAAUGAAUCCAUAAACUUGUUUAUAUGGUAAACACAUUUCCUGCUUAAUUUAUUAAGGAAAUUUCUAUUAUACACAUUCUUCAAAUUGUUUGUAGCUAUAGUUCUACUGUACAAAUUAUAUUUUUUAAAGAGGAGAGCUGAUUCAAAUUUAAAUUGUCACAAGUAGUUAAUGUGAAAUUUUAGAAUUCCAAGACACAAUGGAGAAGCUGGUGUAGAUUUUCAGUCUAGAUGAAGAGAAGUGGUAUACAAUUAAGGAACUCCUAUGAAUCCUGAAAGUUAUGAGCACGAUUAUUUUUAUAUAUAGAAGUUUUUAAAAAAUAAACCAAGUCAGGUUUGUAUAUGUAAAAUUGUUGACAUCAAUGAUGUCUUCCAUAUUCUUAUCUGGGCUAAAGAAAUACAUUCUGUAUUUUUCCAGAUUUCUUUGUAGCCUUUGAAAGAUUUUUACAGUACUUAUGUCUUGAUUGAGCUGUCUUUUCUUAAAACAAAAGCUUGUAUAAUUUUCUUAACUUGUACAAUUGGUAAACUUUUAUGAGAAAAUAGA